AAGUCAUGUUUAAGCGAACGAAGUUGGCAAAUCUGAUGUCAACAAAUUAUUAAUCGCGUAUAUUGUUAUUUUCGUUAUUGUCUUUGUUAUUUGCACGUUGCACGCCAAUCCUGUAACCGUUUCAGUCAACUGCAGUCAGCUCUGUAACUGAGUAAACACGUUCAAAUACGUUUAAACGGGUGAAAGCUUUGUAAAAGUUAGCAACGAAUGUCGAUCAUUGGUUGGCAGCACUUGCUAUCUUAAAGUGGGUUUCUCAAAAUCUUCAGGACGGGUGCACUCAAAGUGCGCUCGGACUCGGCUACACGCUCGCGUUAACUCCGCCUCACUUGAAGAUAGGGUCUUAAAGUGCGCGUGUAGACCAGGCACCUGCCAAAACAUAAAUCCAGAGUUUCUGUUUCUGACCGAAGAGUGUGACAUUUAUGAAUUGAAUACUUUACUGAUCUAUCAGUCGAACAAACAAAAUGCUUCGUAGACCACCACUGAAAACUUAUCAAAAAAAACAUACCGCACAAACGUCCUUUAAUUUUUCACAAACGCCGUGGGAAUCCGUGCGUUUGAAUGAAAAAAUAUUCUCUACUGGGGCCAAAAAUAAACCUGGACCUUUUCGAGACGACAAAGAUUAUAGAGAUCUCAGUCUGAGUUACCUUGAAACUACAUUCGAUAGACUUGCCAAAGAUGUCAAACUUCCAAUGCCUCCACCGCAGAACUCUCAGAGUUUUAUAGAUCUCAGUAGCGAUGUAUCUACACAUCCAAUGUUGAGUCCCAAGACAAACAUGCGUUCAGUUAAUUUUGAAAAGGGUUCAGCAGUGACUGAAAGCAAUGACAAGCCCAAAAGAAGACCUGUUCGUCCUCAUCUAUCAUAUAAAGACAGCGAUGUUGUUGUAAAACAGAGAAUAAAAUAUGAUUCGCUGAAUUUAAGUACAAAAAAGUGUAAGGCGGUACGGACGUCCAAACGCAAAGCAUUUGCAAAGAUCAGUAAAGAUACUAAAAGUACUACAAAUCCAAAUAACUCCAAAGAUUUGUUUGCUACAAAGCCAACCAAGCGCAAUAAAGUUUUGAAGGAUCAUAAGCAAGGCAAUCCGGAUUUUGUUGUGAAAGCGAAAAAAAGAGUGAAAAAACUAUCAACCUUAUCUUUGAGUGAAGAGGAAGGUAGUCACUUGAGAGUCUCGUCUAAUAAAACAGAGAUUAAAUCUCCAGAGAAUUUUGAAGGUAACGCUGUUGAAGAGAAGUUGACAGGAGCUCAAGUGGCAAAUCACAAUGACUCAGUGUCAAGUAAUCAGGCUGACAUUUUUAAAUCCGAGGUCGCAGACAAUGAGCAAACAAAAAGUUUGGGAAUCAAACGCUGCAUUGUCAAAAUCACAAUUAAUGAUAUGAAAAACUGUAUCGAUCAAAAACGGCAUCAGAACCCGAGAAAUUCUCUAUUUGCUCUUAAGUGCAGUACACCUAUAAACACAUAUGCAAAAAUUGAUCGAUCUAUUAAUCGGCUAUCACCAAUUACUGUGAGCAAUGGAACGAAGAACAACGAAUCAUCUGUAGUUGAGAAUGUAAAUAGCAAUGACAGAGAUAAAGCAUACCCCGAUGAGAUGCAACCUGGUAUAUCCCUUGAAAAUAUCAGGAAAAGAAUUAGCAUUUCAUACGAAGAAGAUAAAUCGACAGAGAUGAGUACCGAAUGUUGUCAAGACAAUAUCAUUGACAAAACACCACGUGAAAAUCUUCCAAAUCAGAUAGGUGGUAGAUGUCUUGCUACCUGGCAGCAGAUGUCAUCGCCAACUUCACGGAUCCAGAAAUCUUUAGAAAUUUUAAAAUUGAGCGCAAACGUUCCAAAUGAGAGAAACAGUAAUAAUGAUAAAUCUAUUAUGAUUUAUGAAAAUUCAGAUAAAUAUGAGGAGACUAAUGAAUGCACAGAAAAAUCAAAAGACGCCCACUCACAGCUAACACCUACAGGUAUCAUGACUACACGAAGCGGAAGGCAACUCCUGCUGAGCACGACGAAAUAUUUGCAUGACUCAUAUGGCUCUAACAAUAAAUCCUAUCCUGAUAGUUUAAAAAUUGACAAUGAAGAAGAUCUGACACCUGAUUAUGAAAUUAUUGAUAAUUCGCAAUUUGAAAGUGUUGUGGCAUCGAAUUACCAAACUACUCGACAGAUGGAUUCCAAAGAUAUUUCAAAGGAUAACACCACUAACAGAGUCAUAGAACAAAAUUCAACAGAUAUCUGUAUUGUAGAUCGGAGUGCUACUGAUCAAAUUCGAUUUGAAACUGAAUCUCGGAAUAAAAGGAAUACAAGCAACACAUGCAAUUUGUCUGAUCCUGAAACUAAAUAUGACAUAACGUCGACUCGAGAAAUGACACAGAGCCUGAUAGAACCCACCAGGAAUAUGAAUAUCUUGACCAUUAGCUCCCACUUCGAUGCAACAUCUAAGGACAAUUCUGAAUCCACUUCAAGUCUUGAGGGAAAUACUGAUGCUGGUGAUCCAGAUUGGUUUACUGUUUCCAGCAAUGAAAGUAGUGAUUGUACAGAAGGACAAAUAUCAAAAAUAGAUUGCCCAUCCGCCUCCAUAGAUAGUUGUGACAUUUAUAACGAAAGAGAACAUGGUUCUUUCAGUGAGACUGCUAAUCUCAAUUCGUUAAGCAAUAUUCGAAAAACUUUGGAGGAUACAUCCUAUGUGAAAAAUGAAACAAUGAAUGGAUCUGUUUCAAAAGUUGAUAACCAGUCGUCUCCAGAAUCAAGCAAAGUGCCCCUCAAUCAGCGCAUGAAUUUAUUAUUAGACAAAGUUACCAUCCGCAAACGUCGAAAAACCUUUAUAAGACCUGAAACGGAACUUGCUUCAGAGGUUUUUGAAGAGCAAACCACCGCAAUUCAAACUUCUGGAGAUACCAAACUCUUAAAUCACUUCUAUGACGAAUCCAGAAGUACAUUGAACUCUUUGACAGUCGACAAAAUGCAGGAUACAAAUUUUGUUUCGGAGAAAUCGAUAGAUCAUAAUUUGGUUGAAAAAUCCUCAAAUAUGGCCUUGAAAAUGAACCUUCAGCCAGUAGUAUUGCUGGAAAGGCUCAGGGAACCUGUGAGGUGCAGUGUCAAAGAAAAAGAAAAUUGUAGAUUGGAGAUGACUGUGAUUCAUGAAAUAUCUGAUGAAAACUCUCCUACAAUAAUUACUGACUCUGCACCUUCAAAAAAAUCCAGCUCAUCCGAAUGUUGUAAGCCUCAAGACGUAGAUCGAUAUGCUAAGUGUUCAGAGAAAUCUGACUUUUUGACCAAAAGAGCCAGGACCAUUGGCUCAAGGUCCACAAAAACAGUCACAUUUGCACAUGACAGCGAUUGCAGUAUUUCAAAAAUGGAUGCAAGUGAAUUGGAAAUAGCAGGGAGACAGUCUUUAUUUUUGAAACCAGGAAAAAAAUGGACGCGUUCUUUAUCUAUACUCAACUAUAUUCAACAUGGGUUGAACCUAGAAGAGUUGAGCAGUGGAAAAGGAAAAAAUUGGCGGAAUAGCGUACAAACAAUUCUUGACAUGCAGCAAGAUGGAGUAUUUCAAAGCUGCGUGAGAGAAAAUGAAGGUGAUAAAAGUACGUGCUUCGACGCACCCAAUAGAACUUCAAUUAGAAAUACCACCACACCUUCAAGAGACGAGGGCAUCAGUUCUGCCAGCCCUGGCAGAUUUAUUCCACGAAUAUCUAUCCGUGUGGUUCCUGAUAAUAAGAGAUUGAGUCAAACUGGAGACACCUCAUUUCUCGAAGUUUAUGGAAUCACGAGUAGUAAAAGUACACGAACUCUAUCCCGGAGAUCGUCAUUCAAACCAACCAGGAAAACACUGGUUUCUCAUGCUCAAUGUGAAGACGUUUCAGUUGAAACGGUUGAAACCGAGGACAUAAUAACUGCAAGAAAUGUUGUUUUACAAAGAUGUGACCAAGAGGACUAUAUUCCAUUUGAUUCUUGUUUUCCACCAGCGUACUUGGCCAGGUGUCGUAAAAUUGGCGAAGGUGUGUAUGGCGAAGUAUUUCUUCAUAGUGUUGGAAAACAAAAAUCUGUUAUAAAAAUCAUCCCGAUUGAGGGUAAUGAAAUUGUGAAUGGUGAGCGUCAGAAGAGAUUCGAUGAAAUAUUAUCAGAAAUAGUAAUUGCAAAGGAGCUGCACAAUCUCAGGAAUGGUGUGGAGUAUCAAACUAACGGGUUUGUGGAAGUCAAGAAAAUAAAUUGUAUCAGGGGAAAGUAUCCUGAAAAGUUGAUAGAGCUAUGGAAAGCUUAUGACGAUGACAAAGGAUCUGACAAUGAUUGUCCUUCACUGUUUGGCGAAAAUCAAUUAUACAUCGCCUUGGAACUCGGGCAUGGAGGUCAGGAUCUCGAAGCUUUUGUAUUCCAAUCAGCUGUUGAAUCGCAUGCACUUUUCAUUCAGACUGCAUUGGCUUUGGCUGUUGCCGAACAGUCUCUGGAAUUCGAGCACAGAGACCUGCAUUGGGGCAAUGUUUUGAUAUCACGGACCAAAAAUUCACGAGCGACGUACAAAUUGGAUAACAAGGAAUACUCUUAUCCAACUAACGGGAUGCAGGUGGCUAUCAUUGACUUCACCUUAUCGAGAAUGUCUUAUGAAGGUUGUUGUAUUUUCAACGAUCUUGCUUUAGAUCCUGCCCUUUUUACAGCCCAAGGAGAAUAUCAAUUUGAAGUGUACAGAUUGAUGCGGGACAAGAUUGGAAAUGACUGGCAAAAUUUUGAACCGUACACAAAUGUAUUGUGGCUUCAUUACACUCUUGAUAAGAUGAUUACCGCUUUAAGAUAUAAAAGAAAAACGACGAAGGGACACAAAGAAGCAAUUUCCCGAUUAGAACAAUUAAAAGAAAUUAUUCUAAGCUAUCGCAGCGCAUUUGACUUUGUAACUAACUGCGAGAAUAUAACGAGCCUUCAAUGCUAAAGCAGCAAGUUAAAUCAACUUAAAUAGUAUCUGACGACAAUGUAUAAAAAUAAUCAUAUUGUGUACAUAUCUACUAUAUAAUUUUUAAAGACUGGUAUAUUUAGAACUACUGUUUAGUAAAUUUUUUAAAAGACAACUAUAAAAGCUGAUUGAUUUUUA